AUGAGCCAAAUCGACCCUACUUCGGUCAACAAGAUAGCUGAGAAGAGGCCAGUGAUUCUUUUUGAUAACGCCGGCGUUGGGCGAUCUGGGGGGCAGGUACCUACAUCAUACUCAGGUUGGGCGGAUUACUGUGCAGAACUCAUCACACAGCUCGGAUUUGGUCAAGUCGACGUCUUAGCCUUUUCGAUGGGAGGAUGCGCAGCCCAGAUGCUGGCUUUGAAUAACCCGACCUUGGUUCGUCGUCUCAUCCUCAUUGGAUCUCUACCAAGCAUCGGGCCGGGAGUCAUUCUCCCGCCUCCCGAGCCCUUUCAGGAAAUUCGCAAGGCGCAUGAUCGUGAAUCACAAGAGGCUGCCAUGCUGAACUUUUGCUUCCACUCUUCGGAGGGCAGCCAAGCAGCAGGCAGAGCAACGUUCCGGAGGAUGCUUGAGGCACGAGAUGAUUGGUCUGAUCUGAUUGAUAUCGAUGGCACUCAACGUCAAAUUCAGGCGUUUGCCAAGUUUAUGAACCCGGAAUUGGCAUCGGAAGGCUCCUACAAACGAUUCAACGAACUCAGGAUCCCGAUUUUGAUAAUCAGAGGAUUUCACGAUUUUGUGUUUGAGAGGCAAACAUGCCAAGCUAUGGCGAAGCAAAUGUGCAACGCUGCCGUCAGCGUUUAUGAAUUUCCAGGUGCAGGCCACGCUCCUCAUUGGCAAUACCCCGAAGAGUUUGCCGAACUCGUCGACUGCUUUCUAUGUGCUACAGAUACCACAAAGAUCCCAGAGCUGCCCGUCCAUUGGGUACGCUGGAUCAAUGGCACAGAUUUGAUUAGUAAAAUUUGA